AGGCAGCAGCAGCAGCAGCCUGGUCUUGUCCUCGGUCCAUUUCCAUCGCCUGAGAAGUCCCGAUAAACAUGGCGAGUGAUUCUCCGGCUCGGAGCCUGGACGAGAUCGAUCUAUCAGCCUUGAGGGAUCCUGCAGGCAUCUUUGAAUUGGUUGAACUUGUUGGCAAUGGAACCUACGGGCAAGUUUAUAAGGGUCGUCAUGUUAAAACAGGGCAGCUUGCAGCUAUUAAAGUCAUGGACGUCACUGGGGAUGAAGAGGAGGAGAUUAAACAAGAAAUUAACAUGCUAAAGAAAUAUUCUCAUCAUCGAAAUAUUGCUACUUAUUAUGGUGCUUUUAUUAAAAAGAACCCCCCAGGAAUGGAUGAUCAGCUCUGGCUGGUGAUGGAGUUUUGUGGCGCUGGCUCUGUCACUGAUCUGAUCAAGAACACAAAAGGGAACACUUUGAAGGAGGAGUGGAUUGCCUACAUCUGCAGGGAGAUUUUACGGGGUUUAAGUCAUCUGCAUCAGCACAAAGUGAUCCAUCGAGAUAUUAAGGGACAGAAUGUUUUGCUGACGGAAAAUGCAGAAGUUAAACUAGUGGAUUUUGGAGUCAGCGCUCAGCUCGACAGAACAGUUGGGAGAAGAAAUACAUUCAUUGGAACUCCGUACUGGAUGGCGCCUGAAGUUAUCGCCUGUGAUGAAAACCCUGAUGCCACUUAUGACUUCAAGAGCGAUUUGUGGUCUUUAGGGAUAACAGCCAUCGAGAUGGCAGAAGGAGCUCCUCCCCUUUGUGACAUGCAUCCCAUGAGAGCUUUGUUCCUCAUUCCCCGGAACCCAGCCCCCAGGUUGAAAUCAAAGAAAUGGUCCAAAAAGUUCCAGUCCUUCAUUGAAAGCUGCCUAGUAAAGAAUCAUGGUCAGAGGCCAACCACUGAACAGCUGAUGAAGCAUCCAUUUAUUCGAGACCAACCUAACGAAAGGCAGGUUCGCAUCCAGCUCAAGGACCAUAUUGACAGGACUAAGAAAAAACGUGGAGAGAAAGAUGAGACUGAAUAUGAGUACAGUGGAAGCGAGGAGGAAGAGGAAGAAAAUGACUCUGGGGAACCCAGCUCCAUCCUAAAUCUGCCUGGAGAGUCAACAUUAAGACGGGAUUUUUUGAGACUUCAGCUCGCAAAUAAGGAACGCUCAGAGGCCCUCCGUCGGCAGCAACUGGAGCAGCAGCAACGUGAGAAUGAGGAACACAAGCGGCAGCUGUUGGCAGAGCGGCAAAAGAGGAUCGAGGAACAGAAAGAACAGCGACGGAGGCUAGAAGAGCAGCAAAGGAGGGAGAAGGAAUUAAGGAAGCAGCAAGAGAGAGAGCAGCGCCGGCAUUAUGAGGAGCAAAUGCGUCGAGAAGAGGAGAGGAGGCGUGCUGAGCAUGAGCAGGAGUACAUCAGGCGACAGUUAGAAGAAGAACAGAGGCAGUUAGAGAUCCUGCAGCAGCAAUUACUGCAGGAACAAGCUCUACUUCUGGAAUAUAAGCGCAAGCAGUUGGAAGAACAGCGGCAAGCAGAGAGGCUUCAGCGGCAGUUGCAGCAGGAGAGAGACUACCUGGUCUCCCUGCAGCAGCAGCAGCAGCAGCAGCAGCAACAACAGAGGCAAGACCAGAGACCAGCUGAGAAGAAGCCGCUUUAUCAUUACAAGGAGGGGAUGAAUGCCAGUGAGAAGCCAGCUUGGGCAAAGGAGGUUGAGGAACGUUCCAGGCUCAACCGACAAAGUUCGCCAGCCAUGCCUCACAAAGUGGCAAACAGGAUAUCUGAUCCAAACCUGCCUCCUCGUUCAGAGUCCUUUAGUAUUAGCGGGGUGCAGCCUGCCCGAACCCCACCCAUGCUCAGACCAGUGGAUCCACAGAUUCCACAUCUGGUCAGUGUGAAAUCCCAAGGACCUUCCUUGCCUGCCUCUCAGUCACUGCAUGAACAGCCCACAAAGGGAAUGGCUGGGUUUCAGGAGGCUCUAACGGUGACCUCUCACCGCACUGAGAUGCCAAGGCAGAACUCGGACCCUACCUCCGAAAACCCUCCUCUCCCCCCUCGUGUUGAAAAGUUUGACCGAAGUUCUUGGUUACGACAGGAGGAAGACAUUCCGCCAAAGGUGCCUCAACGAACUACUUCCAUCUCGCCAGCAUUAGCUCGGAAGAAUUCUCCUGGAAAUGGGAAUGCACUGGGACCUCGACUAGGAUCACAUCCAAUAAGGGCAAGCAACCCCGACCUACGGAGAACAGAGCCCAUAAUAGAAAACCCCUUACAGAGGACAAGCAGUGGCAGCUCUUCCAGCUCAAGCACCCCCAGCUCACAGCCCAGUUCGCAGGCGGGCUCGCAACCUGGAUCCCAAGCUGGUUCGAGUGAACGUAAUCGAGCCAGAGGAAAUGCCAAGCCUGAAGGAUCACCCAUCCUCCCUCAUGAGCCAGCUAAGAUAAAACAGGAAGACGGCAAGGACAUGACGCGACCGAGCAGACCUGCUGAUCUGACUGCCUUAGCAAAAGAACUGAGGGAGCUACGCAUUGAAGAAACCAACCGGCCUUUGAAGAAAGUUACCGAUUACUCGUCCUCCAGUGAGGAGUCUGAAAGCAGUGAAGAGGAGGAGGAGGAUGGGGAGAGUGAAACGCAAGAUGGGACCGUGCCUGUCAGUGACAUUCCAAGGCUUAUACCAACAGGAAUUUCGGGAAACAACGAGGCCUACAACCUAGGAAUGGUGUCAAGCCAUGGUCUCGAGCCAUCCCAUACCGAUACAUUUAGCAAUAUUUCAAGAGAAGGGACUUUAAUGAUAAGGGAGACGGCUGGGGACAAAAAGCGCUCUGGCCAUGCAGCCAGCAAUGGCUUUGCUGGCCACGUCAAUCUUCCAGAUUUGGUACAACAAAGCCACUCACCUGCGGGCACGCCGACCGAGGGCCUGGGGCGAGUCUCCACACAUGGGCAAGAGAUGGACUCCGUGGCAGAAUAUGGCAUGGGGAGUAGCACGAAAGCAUCUUUUGCCCCAUUUGUGGAUACCAGAGUGUUUCAGACUUCUCCUACAGAUGAAGACGAAGAUGACGAUGAGGAGUCAUCUGCCACAGCAUUGUUUACCAGUGAGCUGCUGAGGCAAGAACAGGCCAAACUUAAUGAAGCAAGAAAAAUUUCAGUAGUAAAUGUGAACCCCACCAAUAUUCGUCCUCAUAGCGACACACCAGAGAUCCGGAAGUACAAGAAACGCUUCAAUUCAGAAAUUCUUUGUGCUGCUCUAUGGGGUGUCAACUUACUGGUGGGAACUGAAAACGGGCUUAUGUUGUUGGAUCGGAGUGGACAAGGGAAGGUGUACAAUCUGAUCAACAGGAGGCGGUUUCAACAGAUGGACGUGCUAGAAGGACUCAACGUUCUUGUAACUAUCUCAGGAAAGAAGAACAAACUACGAGUUUACUAUCUUUCGUGGUUAAGGAACAGAAUAUUACACAAUGACCCAGAGGUAGAAAAGAAGCAAGGCUGGAUCACCGUUGGAGAUUUGGAAGGCUGCAUACAUUAUAAAGUUGUGAAAUAUGAGAGAAUUAAGUUCUUGGUGAUUGCCUUAAAGAAUGCUGUAGAAAUAUAUGCUUGGGCUCCUAAACCAUAUCACAAGUUUAUGGCGUUUAAGUCUUUUGCAGAUCUCCAGCACAAACCAUUGCUUGUUGACCUCACAGUAGAAGAAGGUCAGAGGUUAAAGGUUAUCUUUGGAUCACACACUGGUUUCCAUGUCAUUGAUGUGGAUUCGGGGAAUUCUUAUGACAUCUAUAUACCAUCUCAUAUUCAGGGCAAUAUCACGCCUCACGCCAUUGUCAUCUUGCCCAAAACGGAUGGAAUGGAGAUGCUUGUGUGCUAUGAGGAUGAAGGGGUAUACGUUAAUACCUAUGGACGCAUAACAAAAGACGUGGUACUCCAGUGGGGAGAAAUGCCCACUUCAGUGGCCUACAUCCACUCCAAUCAAAUAAUGGGCUGGGGUGAGAAAGCUAUCGAGAUACGUUCAGUGGAGACGGGACAUUUGGAUGGAGUAUUUAUGCACAAGCGUGCUCAGCGGUUAAAGUUUCUAUGUGAAAGAAAUGAUAAGGUAUUUUUUGCAUCAGUGAGAUCUGGAGGAAGUAGCCAAGUUUUUUUCAUGACCCUCAACAGAAAUUCCAUGAUGAACUGGUAACAAAAGGGCACUCAGUGCUGUCUUUGAUGCCAAUAUUUUUUAAGGUUAAAAGACAUUGAAACCUGUGGACUGACACUGUAGAGGCAGGUGAAGAAGACGUUGUGGAACAUGUUGCUUCCUUCUGUGAACGCACUCGCACUCACGCAGACACGCUCCAAGAAUAUGACACACCUUUCCUGUUGUGGUUUAGGAAUGGAGUUUACUCAAGAUCACAAGAAUGCAACACUGUAUUUGGGCAGAAAUGGACAAAGUCACAAGAGAUUUAGCAGAAUAAAUCUCUUCAAGGUCAUAAGAUUAAGCUGUGAUAGAAUUGGUUAUACAGUUUUUUGGGUUUUUUUAAAAAUUUUACUUUUUCCUUGUCCCUCUCUUUGUAUGAAUGGGGACAGAUCUAAGUGUCAAACAGAGUAUCUGUUUUUAAUUUUGUCUGCCUGCUAGCAUUGAAUAUAUAGUAUGUUGUAAGGUUACCAAUUAAAACUGGUGAGAGACAGCACAAUAAAUGUACCAUUUGAUCUUUGUGUUAGAGGCCCUAACCACAGAGCUGGCUAACUUUUGUAAAAACUUUUGCCUUUACCAACAUUUCUGUGUUACUUUUGCAAAUAGGUCGACAAAUUUCAAAUGAGAGAAUUAAUGAGAUUUCCCCCCAUUCUUUCGGGAAAUCGAUUCCAAACGGCUGAACUACUAGCCUUAGACUAUAAUACAGUCAUGGUACAAUUUUGUUGUUGUCAACCUGUCAGUCCAUACUUUUACAUGGAUCUUCGUAUAAUGGUGCUCAUUGAGAGGAACAACAGUGCCAUCCUUAUCAAUCAUUCCCAGUGUUGGCCUUAGUAUUAUCUUGCCUUUCUCUAAGCUGUAAGAUGAAAGGUAUCACAAUGAAACUUCAGGCAGAGAAGUGAAUUGAAAUAUAACAAGACUCUGAUGACUGGCUACAGAGUGCACUUAACUGCUUGAUGAAUGAGGCAUCUCACUCAGAUGCAUUUAGUAUGGAUCCUAUCUACUCUGUACAGUUGUGCUUUGCUUUGGGGGGCAUGAUCCUUGUAGAUACUGGAUUUUAUUCUUUCCUCCAUUUAAAUCACCAGGAGCCAGCAUAAUUUAAACCUUUACAACAUGGGAGUCCCAAAUGUUGAUGGACAGUCACCCACUUCUUUGACUGAUGGAAUCCUGUUCUGAAUAUGAAAAAUCUUCAUGAGAUCUUCAUCCAUUGAUGCAAAGAAUAGGAACAUUGAAGGAGUAAGAUUUAGCAGACUGAAUGGAGGAUUUGUUUGGCCAAGAAUCUGACACUUAGAUUCAUCUUUCCAUUCCCCUCCUUUGCGGCCCACUUAUAUAGUGAACACCAAUAUGUGUGCAGAACUAUGUAUGUAAUUAGUUUGGGUUCACCUGUGUCUUUAUAUGCUUUGUUCUAAUUAUUUCCAAUUUUCAGUAAUUUAUGUGCAACAUUUCUACUAUCUCCAAGCAUGGAUUCUCCCAUUGGUCUGUGGAUGUAACAUAAUUGGAUCUGUGUUGCUGUUUUUAACCUACCUCAUUUUAUUUUUGUUUUAGUUAGCUUUUCCUCAGUACCUCCAGUGGACACGCAGAGAGUUUGACUGGCCAGCUCCAAAGUAUUUAACAAGAACAAUUAAGUAAUUAGCAGUGGUUGGACAGUUCAGGCCUCUCUAAGAAGCAGGAAAUGAAGUUCAUGCUGCCUGCUUCUGUUUUUUCUUUUAAGAGUUCGUUAAUUCCACAGCUCCCAUUGUAAAGGGACAAUUGAUACAGCUGGCAGACAGAAUGCACUGGCUUAUGGGACCAGGGCUGCCAGUAAACCAGCACCUGAGUCAGACUCACACAAAGGCACCAGUUGUAUGAACCAGAGUCUCCACAUGGCAGCUGCCACAAUUUACCAAUCACAGGGCCUCAGAAAGACUUGCAACAACUGUGCAUAUCAGAGGGGCUGUGUGUACAGCCCCACAUGAGGACAUGAUCCAGUUGGAGGCCAUCAUGCAGGGAUCACCAGCUGUAUGAAUUGGCUCUAUAUGGCAGGCCUUCCAGAAGGGACACAUGCUGUUAACUGGGGAGAUGUACACCUCUCCCUAGCCACUAUCUUUCUUGUUUGUUCGUUCAAACAGAAAGAAGCCCACAUUUGUCACCUGCUCCCAACCCUACCUAAUACUACAGUAGUGGUGGUAUGCAGGACCAAAUAAACCUUCAGGCUGUGUGUUCUACAACAGGAAUCCAGCCCAGUUUUUGUCCUACUACAAAAUUGUUAUCUAAGGCUAUCUAGUUGAAGACAGCAUGCCUGUCCUGUUCUCUCGAUGCCAGGAUCCUUUAAAAUUUCACACUGCAAGAUGGCUUUUCCCAAAAUAAAACAAGAGAGAAUGAAUCAGCGGUUGUAUUUUCAAUCUGUAGCAAAGGAAAUGUAUUGGGAUUCCCCACCCACCCAAGACUUUAAAAAGGGUCCAUGAGUAGAGCCAUUAAGUCAGUCUCAAACUGCCUUCUCCCCACUCUAGAUGGAUUUUCAGAUGCUCACAGCCUAUCAGAGAAAAAUUACAUUGAGUCCAUUCCUGGCUAAGUUCACAAACAGGAUAAUUAGGUAGGUGUUCAUUUGUUUUUAAGUUAGGAAUCUGCAAAUCCUGAUAUGUUAAUUCAGCCUUUAAAGAGUGAAUGACUAACUUGCAAUCUAAACAUUGCCAUCAGCUAAUUUAAUAAGUCUAAUCUAUGCAUAAUUAAAAUAUAUAAGUAACCUCAAAAAACAGAUAUUUGACCCCUUUGUUUCCCAAAGCCUUUAAUUACCCUCCGACACACACACACACACACACGCCCAUUGUUAGCACGUUUGCUCCUGAAAUGCUUUUUUCUUUUAAAAAAAAUGGAUCUGGGUUGUUCUGUGCAAAUCUUCACCAGAAGACUAGUGCUGAGAAUCACAGCACUGGACGCACCCUCCCAUCCUUAAGAUCAGAACAUGAGAGAGCAAGUAAAAUGCAGCUCUGUUUUAACUGUAUGUGCCAGUCACUGUGGCUGGUUUCAUGGACGCUUUCUUCCAUAUGAAGAGGCAAGAGAGGCAAAUACUACUUACUUGAAUACUGUCCAUCCCUAACCUUCCAAGGUAUGUUCACCUAAUUUUGCAUGUAGUUGUCAAUGAUGGUGAUGUUACUGUAGCAAGUGGCAGAAAGAGAAAGACAAUGCCCCCUGCCAGCCACCGGCACUUUGAAUUACUACAAUGCUAUCGAUGCUUGAACAGAAGAGAACUCUCCCAAUAAAAGCCAAUGACAAUGGUUGCCAUAGCCUUGCCCAGUAUUGCGUUUCAUACCAUCUAACAUAGUGAUAGAAAAUGGUUCUUACAAAGGUGAGCCCUCUAAGCUCCCUUCACUCAUUAUUUCCCAUGCAUUCAUGAAUAUGUAGAGCAGGAAGCAGAGCCACGUCUGCCAGUCCCAUCGCCAACAUGGCUGCCUCCCAACGAGUCUGGUCCUCUGACCCUUCUGUAUUCAGCAAUCUGAAAGGGGGGACCAUGUACUCUUGUAUGUUCCUCUGUGCUCCUGAGCUGUGCCAGUUCUCUUUCAGAUCUUAGGCAAAUGAUCAGAGGUACAGAGCUGAUUGUUGGGGGCGGCACGGCACAUAUUGUUACGUGUUGGGAAGGAAGACCCUGUCCUGCUUCCCCUCCACAUUUUAACUCUCCAGUCGAAGCUCUCAACACCUGUAUUCCAGCACAAGAUACAGCCCUAACUAUCAUGGCAGAACAAACAAAAGCACUUCAGGAGCAUCCAUAUGCUGAAUACUUAUACCUGCAAAGUGUUGGGGGAACACAAGCCAAGAGUCCUCUGCCACCACAGCCACAAACAAAAAAGCAGAAAGAAUCAUUUCCUCUCCCCACCCCCGACUCCCAACGGACAGAACUUGACACUUUUACCAUAAAUAGAUAGGGCAGUUUGGCAAGAUGACAAAAGUUUUGAUUCACAUAUAAACCGCUGCUGAAAGAUCAGAAGCAUCUCACAUCUUACAAGGCUAGAACAAUGGAUCAUCCAGAUCACUAACUACCACCACUCUGUUAGUGACCAAAAUAAGAUGUUUCAGAGAAAGUGGUCUGAGUCUCUUCUUGUUCACUAACGACUUCCAGCAGUCCAAAGUUUACUUGACAUUUUGACGCCAAGGAUACAUUUUUCCAACUACCAAGAGAUGAAACUCUCUUACGAGAAUGUCUCAGAACCCGCCCCAUCUUGUUUCACAACUGCGUUAUGCCAUUGCCCUUCCAGAACUUUCCAUGCCAAAUGAGCUCGACCAACUACACUGCAAUGCCUAGGCAAAAACUACUUCCUUGGAUCAGUUUUUAACCUUCUGCCUCUUCAGCUAGCUUCUCCUAUUUCCCCGUAUAUUUCUUGUGUUUCUUCCACCCUACUGCUGUAAGGAGAGGACCAUAUGAAGAAGAAAAAAAAGUAUAUUCAGAGAUCAAAUUGAGCAAUAACAUUUCCAACUCAGUUAAGCCACUACUUGUAACUGCUGGGGACUGGUAUGAGUAAGAGCAAGCUAAAUGGCAAAUAGCCACCAGCUCUUUUAUGUCUUUGCUGUGGAUACCUUUUAAACCAGAAGCUUCUUAUUAAAUUAUGUU